AUGAGAGUUGGAGGGACCUAUCUUGCCAUUAUGCCGACACCCACUCCCUUUCAUCCUCCAGCCGACAUCUCCUUCACCCUCGUCUCGUUGCCAUGCGUCUUCCUCCUCGCCACCGCUGAAGCCAGUCGCCGGACUCCAUCUCUUCUACAUCGGAAAGUGAGUAUGGUGGUUGGAUGGUCUAUUGCUGUUACGAACCACCAGACCUCAACCGUCGUUUCUAUUGUUGCUGGAGGCGGAGGACGACGAUGGAGCAUCGUUCAGUCGGAAGCAGCGGGAGAUAAGUCGUAG